CUCGCAAUUUUUUUUUUUUUGGUUGCAAAUUAUUUCCGAUUUGCAUGGAGUGGCUCCGUGUGGUGUUGUUGUUAUCAACGUUAGCAAUAACAAAUCAUGUGUCAUGUUCAUGGGGUUUGGAGGCUGGUCCGAGUUGGGAGCUGAGUCAACUGAAUCGGGGGCUGCUGGACUCGGCGAGGCAGCCGGAGUUCUUUGAUUGGUUGAAAAGGGUUAGGAGGAGGAUCCACGAGAAUCCAGAGCUGGCCUUCGAGGAGCACGAGACGAGUCAACUCAUUAGAUCGGAACUCGACUCGCUCGGGAUCCAGUACACGUGGCCGGUGGCCAAGACUGGGUUGGUGGCUUCUAUUGGUUCUGGGUCGCAGCCAUGGUUCGCUCUGAGGGCUGACAUGGAUGCUCUCCCAAUUCAGGAAUUGGUUGAGUGGGAGCACAAGAGCAAGAACUCUGGAAAGAUGCAUGCUUGUGGGCAUGAUGCUCAUGUAACAAUGCUGCUUGGAGCAGCUAAGUUACUUCAGAGCAAA